AAGCCGCCCGCUUCCGACACGGCGGACUAAGGCGAUUUUCUUCACUAAAUAUGUCGCGCUCUGCAGGUGUAAAGAUGGAAGAUAGUAGAAGAAGGUAAAAACAAAUCAAUUAGACUGUUAUAUGUAAUGUAGAUGAAAAAACGCGAAUUCUGCACAUUUUUAAGCAACAAGGUGCUCCUAACUGCCUACCUUUAGGCGCAAAAGCAUAGAAAAGAUUAACGCAAUAAAUAACUGUUUAAUAUCUCUUACACUCAAAAGCGCAACGAAAAACGAAGAUUUUUUUCGUGUUAAAAGGUUAAAAACAUUUCACGACACCGUGAUCUUGGAGAAAAUGAAUGAAGCACUAGCGUCUUGAUAGUGACUACGAUAAACCGACACAAACCAGCCAAACCACCAAACAACGGCAAUAAUUGUUUGAUGUUUUUCGGCUGUUUCUACAAUAACAAAAUGCUCUUUCUGCUGUUCGCCACAUUCUUUUCUCACAUCGUUCAACAAUGCAAAACAUGUUUUGGCAAUUGUUGUAUAGUGUUUUUUGUAUGUUAGACCUUCCCCUUCCUCUACUACUCUUAUUACUUCAACAACGUUCGUGCGUUUAACCAAGGUCCGGUGUCGCUGGUUUGUGACCUUCACAUUCCCAUAAAAUGACCUCUCUUCCAAAGGAGCGCGUCUUCUGGAAACGGACGGACGGACGCGGUCAUUACGCAUAUUGCGCUCAAACUAACCAUUCCUCUUUCUUAUGCGUACCCGAAAAUGUGAACGAAUUUGUGGUAGAAUAAAUGCAUUCGUAAUGUUAUGGUGUUGCGAGUCGGUACGCAUAAUAAUUGCGGGGGAUGAUUCUCGCCAUACCAGAGAGAGAGAGAGAGAGCUGAGCGCGUGACUCACGUGUCCUGAAGAAGGGCAAUCACAUAUCCAGCUGAGGAAAAACUUCCUUUUGUUCUUCCUUAUUUCUCAAUCCAAAAACACUCACCGACUUGUGGCGGGAAUCGAGAAUGGAAUAUUCGAAGAAUCUUCUCUGCCGAUCGUAUAUUUUACCAUCACAACUGAAAGUGUCGGCGGGUAGCUACAAACCACCAUCAUCCUCAGCAGGCUCGCAAUCGAAUGGAUUGCGUCGGGAGCAUCGUCUAUGAAGCAAACGGGAAUGAAUACUUUCUGCAAGCAAUAAUCAAUGGGGCGCAGAACUCUUCAGAAGAUGAGGUGGGUUACAGUUGAGAUUUUCUUUUACUUCUCUGGUUGAGAUUUUGCAUUUUUACCACGUGUCCACUGCCAGUUAAUUCUUUUUUAAAUUGGAAUUUACAAAGAAAAACAGAAAUCAUUCUUUACGUUUUAUGUCAUCAGAUUUGCUACUAUUUGAAAAUGUUUUCAUUCCCCAACUAAUUGAGAGAAUUUUAUUUAAAUUUCCGGUGGUAAUACAUUUUUCUUUCUCAGCUCUGUUAUUUAGGCUACAUUUUGUGUGCGACAUGCAUACGCAAUCAUUUCAUUCGGGGACCACAUGCACACACAACAGGUGACUAUAAUAUCACAAUAAUAUUUAAAUGGAACUAUUCACACCACUCGCAGCCGCAUUUAACCAUGGAUGGGUGGGGCUAGCGGGGUGGAUUUGAUUUCCUUUCCCUUCCUGUUGUAAAGGGGAAGGGAUUCGCUGCUGGGAAUGGUUUUAAUUAUUCAUUAAAAAAGCACACACCGUCUACCCUUUUGCACAGCGCUAAAAACGGAAGAAGGAAGCAUUCUAACGAUGGUCAGAAUAUGGUAAAGGGUGCAAAAUGAAAAAAAAAACCACCCACUCGCACACACAUACGCACGACGCAAAAUUCUAUUCAUAUUCUAAUCGAAUCUGACAGCUCAGUGUCUAGGCUGGUACGAUAUACAUAUAUACGACCGCACACACAAUGGAGACGCACCAAACUGGCAAACAGCAGUCGGCUCCCAGUCAAUGUGCGCGGAAUAGUUAAAGAGUCUCCCUAACAGACAGCUUUCGUUCUCCCUACAUCACACCAAGUUUGACCCUUUGAAGCGAUUCAAUGAAACAAUGCUUUCCAUCCUGCACUUGGCCCUCUCCUCUCGUCCAUGGUUCAAUGAGGUUACCUAACAAGUGUGAGAGAGCGUGCUGUGCUGGUGGUUGCUGAAAGAACCAUUUCCAACCAAGAACAAUAAAACCUAACAGUUCCCGGAGUUUGUUUGAUACCACAAGUGAAAUGGCAAACCCAUUAUGCAAUCAUCGUUUAGCUGUUUUGGGGGCGGUUUUGUGUGUUGUUGUGUUUUUUGCAUACUUUCUCACUUACGUGUACAAACUGCGUUUUUAAUUAGAAAACUUUCUCCCCUUCCCUUGCAUAUUCCCAUGAUGUCAUACGCUAGAAUUAGGAGACAAAAAACCUAAUCAUUAACAUAACUAAAGCUUAUUGUGCUCUACCCCUCCUCCACGUUUCCUCUUUCUCCUUCCCUUUUUCCACGCCCUUUAACGGCAUUCCCUUCGUGUUGACUGAUGGGCGACACUUUGCUAGAUGCCCAUACUAUUUAAAAAAAAAGCUUUUCAUUCAUGCAUGUACUCACACAUCACCACCCUAUUUACAGUUCGUUGCACUUGUAAAUUAGAGAGUAGAAGGAAGAAGUAACAAAAAUAAAACCCACAAGAAGAAGAGGGCGUGUGAGCGGCACGGACUGUAAAUGCUUUUACAAAUGAUGGCAACAUAAUAUUACACAAAAUAAAAUCGCAACAGGUGCUGCCCGGCCAUGCAUGUCAUGUCAUUUAAUCAUUAUGACACCUGCACUUCAGCACUAUUCUAGUUGAGCGAUUUUUUUUUACAAUAGGUAAAAAUCUUCUUAGGGCACCCUUUAAGGGUGUUACGGGUGCGUGUGUUGUGCUAAUUAAGAUAAAUUUGGCAUACGAUUGCAUACCAUUUAGGCGCCUAUACGUAUAAUGAGCCCGAAAGCAUGCAAUCCGCCGGACAAAAUGGUUAAUUGAGCUUGCAUUUUAAAUAUUUUCAAAAACAAAAAGAAAACUAGCUUCAGACACAUCCAGAACGCACAAUUUUUCCGCUACGACACCGGGUGGAACAGAAGGCCAACACAGCUCUAGCACAUUGCACGAACAUGAAGCAAUUAGCCGACGGGUGCCAAGGCGAUAAAACCCCCCACAACUUCUUUAAAAGCUGUGUGUGUGUGUGGGUAGGGCAGUGCAAUUGCAAAUCCCGGCACGUGUACUCGGAAGGAAGAAACACUGACGCUGGAUGCCCGAACCAGUCCAGUUGUUAUCGUGACAUUGGUCCGUACCGGAAGUGGUGAAAACACACUGCGGUGGCACAAGCAUGAAUCUCUCCAUCAACGCAACGCUGGUGAAUGCGUCCGCGAGCGAAGGUGAGAUACUGGUGUGUGACGGUGCAUCAACCAUACCGGAAGGUAUAGCUAGUGCCCGGUUUCAGGUGUUGGUAUGGGCAGCCUACACCUCCACACUGGCGGCUUCCAUCGUCGGUAACUGUUCCGUGCUAGCGAUCGUUGCCACCCAGCGACGGAUGCGUACCGUCACCAAUCUAUUUCUGGCCAACCUAGCCCUCGGUGAUCUGCUCAUGACGCUCUUCUGUGUGCCAUUCUCGUCCGUCUCGUUGUUUGUGCUGCAGUACUGGCCAUUCGGGGCGGCACUCUGCCGAACGGUUAACUACUUUCAAGCCGUAUCGGUGCUAGUGUCCGCGUACACACUGGUAGCGCUCAGUGCUGAUCGAUACCGGGCAAUAAUGUGGCCCUUGCGUUCCCGCCGUCGACCGCCUCGCCGUCCCGUGGCACUACUGCUAAUUGGAGUGGUGUGGGUUGGGGCGGCCGCGACCGCACUACCGAUUCCGCUACACUCCGCCCUAGUGCAACCGAGCGCUUGGCAUGCGCACUGUGAUCAGGCCGUCUGUACCGAGGUGUGGCCAGAUGCAGGUGCCGAUCGGGCCUACUCCCUUACGCUUGCCCUUGCCCAGUUUGCUCUGCCCCUCGCCACCCUCGUCUACACGUACACCUGCAUUGGGUGGCGCGUUUGGGCCCGGAGCACCAACGCCAGCUUCCCGUCCGCCUCGGUACGACAGUUUCGGCGUGCUAGAAGACGCACCGUACAGAUGACACUAGCGGUCGUAGCCGCGUUCGUCAUCUGCUGGCUACCGUUCAACGCACUACUGCUAGCACCGCUGGACGAUCCAACCUGGGAACCGUUGCCGUACUUGUGGUUUACCUUUCACUGGCUUGCCAUGUCACACUGCUGCCUGAACCCGCUCAUCUACUGCUACAUGAAUGCAAAGUUUCGGGCCGGCUUUCGGGCCUUGCUGCUGCAACCGCUGGUGCGACACUGCGGUCGCCAUCACGCAACCACCGUCAGCAGUGAGCGACUGCCCGUGGGAAGUCGGGCUGAGGUCGAACUAACAACCCAGACAAGGCCGAAACCGUUGGCCCUGCACGAUGUGCGACGCACUGCACCAGCGCACGAUACCGUUUGGCCUGACGAUUGAGCGAACGCGGAACGAAGCGCAAAUAGUUUUGUGUUUUAUGAUAUCAAUUACUAAUUAAUUGUUACGUUAUUACAAAUUAUUAAAAACAAAUCAAAUAAAAUGCAAAAAACGGUUCUAACAAGCAACAAAACCAAUGUCCAUAUUUAGCUUUCGGAUGUUAUUCCGAAAUUAAUAAGUAAUACACAGCACAUUUAGCCAUACCAAACCGUAAUUAUAGAAAUAUAAUAUUACAUAAGAGUCGUAGUACCGUCGGGUGUAUGAGAAGGGGCGGGGGGGAGAGGAGGAUGAGGAAUCAAGUGCACAUUUUUGCUUCCUUACUGCAAACCGUUUCGCCUGCCGCUUGGUUAAUAAGAGAAAGAUCAACAACCUUUAAACGCUGUGUUCGAACAAACACCUUGGCCCUAGGUCUUUUAGUAAACCCUCUCCCCCCCCCUUCCUUCCCCUCACUCGUUUCAGCCCCACACUUUGCAGCUUGUAGUUUUUUUUCUUUUACCUUACAGCUCAUUACACCCUUUCGAAUUUCCUUUCGAGAUUCGAAGCAGAUGAUGAUGAUGAGCUUCUCGCUUGCUGCCGUCAUUUCCGGCAGCUAGGAGAACAAAACAUUAAAGAGAAAGAGAGAGGGAUAUAUAUAUAGAGAGAAAGAGAUAAAGAACCAAGU